AAAAUAACACGCGCGUGACCCAUCCAUUUAAAUGUUUUUAAAAUGUGUCGGUUCCAUGCGUUUAUCUCACAACUGCAGACCAAAGAGUGAAAGGACUACGCCUGUCGUGCAGAACUCAACCGUUAACACUGACUCAAGUAACCAUCAAGCUACAUCAUGGGAUCCAGUGAGAGUAAGCCUGCCAUUCCAGCAGAGAAACAAAGGGAGGAUGUGGUUAAACACAACCGCAUAAGUGACCUGUUUGAUCCACGCUCUCCGUCUGUUGGCAUUGAUCGCACACCAAUUCAGUUCAACUGUCCCGGAGCCAAACCUUCUGCUGGGGUUCGAAAUGAAUGUCCAGUAGCCUUUGCUGACCCACGGUCCCCUUCAAUUGGAAUUUCGCGUACGCCUGUCAGAGAUGCUAUGAGAGCAACAGUGGGUUCAUUGGCUCGGCGCCUUGGCCUCUUUUUCAAUGCUGAAAUGGAGUAUCCAGUCUCCGAGGGUAAAUCUGUGGAAGAAGAGAAGGUCCUGUUUAAAGAGGAACUCGAUUCUACAGAACCUCUUCUGACACCUCAAGUACGUCAGUCCUUUGGCUCGAUGGGUGAACACGCCAAGCUGCUUGCCACUCCUGUCCAGCCGCCUGUGCACACACUAGGCCAGUCCAGCCCAUAUAUUCUUCUGGAAGAGCCUCAGGUUGAGGUUGAGAUUGAGUCCGAACUUGGUGUGGAGGAUGCUGAAGAAGCCAUCGAAUCUCCACUUCACAACAGACUCAGUAUGAGUCUGAUCACCUGCCACGAGGGAGCACCUGCGUUUCAGAUAUUUGCCGAAGUUCACGCCGACGUCCCGGCAGCCCCUAAUGUGGAAGUUCAGAACGAUGCGGAGCAUUCUUACGCCAUCCCGACAAUCACUGUUGAACCAAACUCUUCCUUUGAGCCAAGUGUGGAAUCCACCGAACCAAAUUCUCCAACACUGCCAAAGAUGACAGCGCAGCUAGAACUGGCUGAAGAAACCAAAGAGGAACCUGAUAUGGCCAUUACGUGUGAACCAACAUCCUGCUCAAGCCCACAGCAGCAGCCCAUAUGUACCCCAUGCCUCACCUUGGACCCGAAGAGUCCGAGUCAAGCGGUAUUCAAACCUCAGUGGCUGGGGAAAGGUUUUGGUGCCACUGGAUUGAGAGCAAGAACCAUCCAGGGAAACUCCGGUAAACGGGCCUCUUCACCUCUUGCCAAAUCUGUGGCUGUCCGCAAUGUGACCAACGAAAACAAGGGAGUGACUGGAAAGCUGAAGCAACGAGGUAAUGAGGGAAGAUCUCCUCUUCAAAUCCUCAAGGGGACCAACUCGCCUCGAGACCAUCAGCAGGUCAAGCUGAAAGUGUCCACCCCUGAGAGGCAGCGGCUUGGACAGAUGGACCGGCGUGUACUGGCUUUGGGUCUGGACAAGGAGAACAGAUGAUUCCUCAGUGACUCCAUUCCACUCCCUUUAAACAUGGACACUUUCAUUCAAUACUUUCUUUUAAAUA